GUCCUUUCUGAACACUACGCCUGAGUGCAUUCUAGAGUUCAAUCUACCUGCAGCAGGACUUGUGCGACAGCAAGGGGUCUUUUGAAGCUAUCUGUGUUGCGGCUGUGAGCAAAAAUGGUGUCUCUCGGCCUUGAGACCGUCCUUGCGGGCACGCCUUCCAACAUUUGCAAGACUAAGGUAGUCUGUACCCUUGGCCCUAAGUCGCGUAGCGUGGAGGUGUUGGAGGAGCUUCUUCGUGCUGGCAUGAGCGUUGCACGCUUUAACUUCUCGCACGGCUCACACGACUAUCACCAGGAGACCCUCGACAACCUGCGCCAGGCAAUGAACAACACCAAGGUCAUGUGCGCAGCGAUGUUGGAUACCAAGGGGCCGGAGAUCCGCACCGGCACGCUCAAGGACGGCAAGCCGGUGCAGUUGACUGCCGGCCAGGAGGUGACCAUCACGACUGACUACUCGAUUGCAGGGGACGAGAAGACCAUUGCAAUGAGCUACAAGAAGCUCGCCCAGGACGUGAAGCCGGGCUCUCAGAUCCUGUGCGCGGAUGGCAGCAUUGUGCUGGAGGUGAUCUCCACCGACCCCGCCAACGGUACCGUGCGCGCCCGCUGCAUGAACACCGCCAUGCUGGGCGAGCGCAAGAACGUGAACCUGCCGGGGGUGGUUGUGGACCUGCCCACGCUGACGGACAAGGACGUGGACGACAUCCUCAACUGGGCCAUCCCCAACGACAUCGACUUCAUCGCGGCCUCAUUCGUGCGCAAGGGCUCGGACCUGGACACCAUUCGCCAGGUGCUGGGCGAGCGCGGCCGCUUCAUCAAGAUCAUCUCCAAGGUUGAGAACCAGGAGGGCAUUCAGAACUUUGAUGAGAUCCUGGCGGGUACGGACGCCGUCAUGGUGGCGCGCGGCGACCUGGGCAUGGAGAUCCCCACCGAGAAGAUCUUCCUGGCGCAGAAGAUGAUGAUCCAAAAGUGCAACUACGCAGGAAAGCCCGUCAUCACCGCCACCCAGAUGCUGGAGUCCAUGAUUAAGAACCCGCGCCCCACCCGCGCGGAGGCGACUGACGUGGCCAAUGCGGUGCUGGACGGCACGGACUGCGUCAUGCUGUCGGGCGAGACGGCGGCGGGGAACUUCCCAGUGGAGGCGGUCAAGGUCAUGACAAAGAUCUGCCGCGAGGCCGAGGCCUCCCUGGACUACUACGCCAUGUUCAAGAACAUCCUCAAGCAGGCGCCCAUGCCCAUGAGCCCGCUGGAGUCGCUGGCCUCGUCAGCGGUGCGCACGGCACACAAGGUCCACGCCUCCUUGAUCGUGGUGCUCACCCGCGAGGGCUCCACCGCCCGCCUGGUGGCCAAAUACCGCCCGCUGGUGCCGGUGCUCACGGUAGCGGUGCCCGUGCUCACAACAGACAGCCUCACCUGGACCUGCAGCGGCGAGGCGCCCGCGCGGCAGUGCCUGGUCACCCGCGGCCUCAUCCCGGUGCUGGCGGAGGGCAGCGCGCGAGCCACCGACAGCGACACCACGGACGAGAUCCUGGCGGCGGCAAUCGAGCACGCCAAGCGCAUGCGCUACUGCGCCAAGGGGGAUUCCAUUGUGGCGCUGCACCGCAUCGGGAAUGCGUCGGUUAUUAAG